AUGAUAACUAAGAAACACUUAUCUAGUACAUCUUGUCGGACUGGCAGCAGGGAUCGUGGAUGUGCGUUCUCGUGUUCAAAUUUACAGUGCACAAUUCAAGAAGAAUGUGAUCGUUCUUCUUUGGUUCGAACGACUUCUGUCAGGUCGUCGCAUGAUUUUCCUCCAAAUAUUGAUGAGAAAGACUUAGAGAUUUUAGGAGUCAUCGGAAGUGGAUCGUACGGUCGAGCCAUCAAAGUGAAACAUCGACAGCUGGGGUGUCUGCUGGUUCUUAAAGAGGUUAUAGAACAAAGUAAGGAGAUUGAAGAAACUCUUGUGCGUGAAGUUUCUCUUCUUCGAAAUUUAAAACAUCGAUGUAUUUUAAGCAUCAUUGGUGUAGUUAUUCGAAGCAAACAAUUUUGUCUUAUUACUGAGUUUAUCGCUAAAGGAAGUUUACAUGUAUUAUGUUUGGACAAGAUGACAUAUCCCUUUGACUGGAAUAAGAUAACUUCGUUCAGUCGUGAUAUUGCAUCAGGCAUGGCUUAUUUGCAUAAACAUGAAGUUAUUCAUCGUGACCUAACUACGCACAAUUGUUUUGUACGACAGGAUGAUUCUGUAGUUGUAGCUGAUUUUGGAUUAUCAAAGUUAAUUCAGUCAAUACCUUUUAGUAAACAGAAAACAGAGGAAGCAAAUGGCAUUUCUGUAACAAAUGGUAACUUGUUAACAGCUCAAGAUUCUUCGGAUGCUUCAAAUAACAGCGACGUUGAACGUAAUCAUACUCCACGUCUGAGACGCCAUCAUGCAUAUAAUCAUCCGAGAAGACAUACUGUGGUUGGUAGUCCUUUCUGGAUGGCUCCAGAGAUGUUGGCUGGACAGCCUUAUGAUAAUUCGGUUGAUGUUUAUUCAUUUGGAGUAAUUAUGUGUCAGCUGUUUACACGUUCGGAUGCUGAUCCAGACAAUGUCCCUCGCGAUGGUGAUACCAUGUGCGUAGAUAUGAACGCACUUAUCAAGUUAAAUACUUUCCCUCUUAAUGUACCACCGAUACUAAUGAGUAUGACUACUCAAUGCGUUUCGUUAGAUCCUAGAAAAAGGCCUUGUUUUGAUUCAUGUGUUGGAUCAUUGGAACAAUGUUCAAUGUAUUUACUCUCUGGACAACAAUCAGAGCAGAUUCGUUUCUUGUAUUCUCCUGACGAUGCACCUAUGAGCAACGAUAACUGUGAGAGGGAUAUCCUUUCUGAUAACCGUCAGGGCGACAGUUGUGAAUAG